UAUUUUAUUUUAAACUUUAAAUUUUAAUUGUUUAAAAUUUGUAUAAAAUGUUAAAACAAUAGUCUUAGCUCGGAAGUUAGUAGCUUCUGGCAAGAAACAGCUCAAACUCUCCAGGAAUGGUGACAAGUCACCUCCUGAUUGGCCUAAAACCUAAGCAAAAGUCAAUGGCCUCGGUCCCAUCUAGUCAACGUUGAAGAGGUCAUGUUGACAAGUCUGGAACAAACAAAAGAUCUAAUCUUUUCUACUCGUUUUUGCUUUCGUAUAAAAUCCUUUGCUUUCUUCCUCUCAUCUUGAAACACAUUCUAAAACAAAAACAAAUCAAUACAAGAACAUAAAAAUAUACGUUUUGCUCAAAAGACUUGUGAAUCAAGUUUUGUGGAUACUUAUGUCUAUGGAGAAGAAACAUCUUGGCAUUAACUCUCUGAGUUAUCAUUCCACAGAAGACGAAGAAGACAGCAACUGCAAGAACAGCGUCUUCUUCGGAUUGUUUGAUGAUUCUGAAUCAACAAGACUAAGAAGUGGGAGCAUGAAGAGACAGUACAGCGACAUUGGAGAUCUCUACCACAAACUUUUUAAAGAACAGCAUGAUGAUGACGGCGGUUUGAGGAUGAACAUGAGAGUCUUGACGGUAAUAGAGUAUAUGAGAGAGCUUUACGUUGAGCAACUUCAGCUGCUUAAAAAGAUGUUUCCAGGCGGAGCCAAAGACAAGUUUCUUGGUUUCUUCAACAAAAUCGGAGACGCUAUGUCCCAAUUCAAACAAGAAUCUCGUCUUUCUCCUACAAAGUCAAUGACUAUGCAGAGGAGUCUCAGCGCUGGUUCGCCACGAUUCACCUCGAGAGGUAUCAAUCUUGGUCCACCAGACUUGAGAGAUGAAUGGUUUAAAGUAAGGACGGUCGACGCAGGAGGUGGUGGAGCUGAUGGAGGAGAUAAAGGUGGCUCCGCAGCUGGUCAAGACCAAACCAAGAAGUAGUCUGGCUUUGUGACAUGUGGGCCAUGGAUGAUCAAAUCUUGCAUUACACAAAGACGUUACUUUUUGCUAAUAAAUGGAAUGAAAUGUGAUGCGUGUGUUAUAAGUUAGGGUUCAGUUAAAUACUCAUGAGUCUAUUUUCUAAGGUUGAUUCUUUGUUGUAAUAAGGUGUUUAAAAAAAAAAGAUUCUUUGUUGUAAAUA